AGCAUAAGGAUCAUUUUGGUCAUUUUCUCUAUAAAAUACUUUAUGGUCUUCAACAUUAGAAGUUAAGAGAAUCAGAAAAAUCAGAAGAAUGAGUUUUCCAAAAGAGGAAUCGGAUAGUUCCAUUAAAGAUGAUCAGAUCCGGCGAGCCCAACUGCAAAUUCAAUUUCACGGAACCAGAAGGGAGGAUUUUCAGUCCAUUGAAGCCUAUGUGAAAAGAUUGAAGUCCAUCGCCGAUUCUCUAGUAGAAAUCGGCGAUGAGAUCUCAAAUUCAGACAAGGUGUUGCAACUUCUUGCUGGUUUGCCUAAUCAAUACUUACCCCUCAAAAACAUAAUAUCAUCAAGGUGUCCUCUCCCCAAUUUUGAAGAAGCUUCUUCCAUGUUGUACAUGCAGGAGGACAUAUUAUUACAUGAUCCCAGUGUUGUUGGUGCAGAGCAAUCGUCGUCUGGUUUUUGUACAGUAGAUAAGUUUGUUGAUGUAGUGGAGACAUUGGGUACUGUAGUAGCUGCAGCUGGUACAUUGGGAUUGGGUACUGUCUUUGCUGCUCCAUUGGGUACUGUGGUUGGUGCAGUUGGUGCAUCCAGGAUGAUUGUAUUUGGAGCAGUAAGUGCCAUGUCUGGCUGGAAAAAUUGGCAAGCACUCCGUCGCAAGUAAUUAAUCGGUUGAUUUCUUGUAUGGUCACUUAAUUAAUAGUUAUUUCGUUUGUGUAAUCAAAAGCUUGAUUUGCUACUUCUAUUUAAAGUUUGUCUUGAGAUGUAUUAUGAUAUGCAGUUGAAGUUCUACACAAACUUUCAUUUGUGUUUUGCAAUAUUUUGAUUUUCCUUU